UACUAUAAAAUACAGCUAGGUUUAUCAUGGCCAGCAAUGCAAAAUCAAAUUCCGAUGAUGACGAUGAAGCUGCAGGAAAUAAGUCAGAAAAUAAUGAAAUUAAUUGCAGCAAUAAUGGCAAUAAGGAUGAUGGCAAUGGUAGCAAUGGUGGUGGAAAUGGUGAUGGAAAUGGUAAUGGCAAUGGUGAUGGAAAUAGCGAUGGAAAUGGUAAUGGCAAUGGUGAUGGAAAUUGCGAUGGCAAUGGUGGUGGCAAUGGUGAUGAUAAAAACAAUGGAAAAUCCAGUUGGAUUCUUCCUGUUGCCAUUGGAGUAGGCACUGGUGUGGCUGCAAUUGUUGCUGCACCAUUUGCAGUUGCUGCUAUUGGAUUCACAUCUGGUGGUAUAGCCGCUGGUUCUAUGGCUGCGUCAAUGAUGUCAUCUGCUGCGCUUGCCAAUGGUGGAGGUGUUGCAGCAGGUUCACUUGUUGCCACAUUACAAGCUGUUGGUGCCACAGGUGCUGUAGGUGCCUCAGGUGCAGCAGCAGCUGGAGGUAUUGGUGGCACAAUUGGUGCAGGAGUUGGUUGGUUUGCAAACAAAUUUUUUAAUAGAAAUAAUGGUGGCAACAAUGAACAACCAGGGGAUGAUGGUGGAAAACCUGGGGAUGUUGGUGUGAAACUUGGGAAUGAUGGUGUGAAACUUGGGGAUGAUGGUGGAAAACCUGGGGAUGAUGGUGGAAAACCUGGGGAUGAUGAUGGAAAACCAGAGGAUGAUGGUGGAAAACCUGGGGAUGAUGGUGGAAAGUCUGGGAAUAAUGGUGGAAAGUCUGGGAAUGAUGGGGGAAAACCUGGGGAUGAUGGUGGAAAACCUGGAAAUGAUGGUGCAGAUAAUGAGAAACCCAGAGAUUCUGGGAAGAACAAUGAACCAGUAGAUGGCAAUCAUUCAAAGAUGAUUCAGCCUGGUGGUAAUCCUGGUGGUAGUAGAGCAGAGCAGCCUUCGGUCCAGGCUGGUGGUAAUCCUGAUGGUAGAGCAGAGCAGUCUUCAGGCAUUGCAAGUCAAUUUGCAGAUGAUAUCCAGCGUGGUAUUGGCAGUCAUUCUGGAGAUCAACUUCAAAAUAAUGUUCAUCCCAAACGUGGUGCCCGACAUGUUCCUGUCGAACAUGAUGAUGAUGAUGAUAAUGAAUUUAAGAAUAUCAGCAACCAAGCACUAUGUACAAAGAAAUAUUAUCAAAAUCGAAGAAGAACCAUGCAGCCCAACAAAUGUUUUGUUCUUGUUCUUUGCGUUUGCCUUGUACUGAAUGGAAACACCGUUUUUGCUGGUGACCAAGAGGAAGGAUGGUCACCGAGUCCGGGGACUAUAGCUGCUGCAGCGGCUGGUGGAGUUGUUGCUGUUUUUGCCGCUCCUGUUGUAUUGGGAGCAGUGGGCUUUACAGCAGCUGGUAUUUCUGCUGGUUCAAUUGGAACAGGUUUGAUGUCCGCUUCUGCAACUCUUAGUGGAGGUGGGGUUGCCGCAGGAGGUGUGGUUGCCACUCUUCAGUCUGUUGGCGCUGCAGGAUUGGGUUUAGCUGGAAAAGCUGCUGUGGGAAGUGUUGGAGCAGCCAUUGGUGUUGCUACCAAGGAAAUUUUAACCGAUUAUUGGUCACCGUGGAAUAUAGUUGCUGCAACGGUUGGUGAAGUUGCUGCUGUUGCUGUCGCUCCUGUUGUACUGGGAGCAGUAGGCUUCACAGCAGCUGGUAUUUCUGCAGGUUCAAUCGCAGCAAGUUUGAUGUCCGCUUCUGCAACUCUUAGUGGAGGUGGGGUUGCCGCAGGAGGUGUGGUUGCCACUCUUCAGUCUGUCGGCGCUGCAGGAUUGGGUGCAGCUGGAACUGCUGUUGUGGGAAAAAUUGGAGCAGUCAUUGGUGUUGCUACCAAGAAAAUUUUAACCGAUUAAGGAAGAAACAAACUGUUAUUGGUGCCCCACAUAUUAAAUUAAUGUUAAUGUAGAGUCUUAGCUAGUUUGAAUACG